GGUGGGUGAGCCAGGCAGACAGGCGCAUCAAUGACAGGGACACCUCUCAAACCCGCACCGUGCGGCCCGUUUCGUGUUUGCGGCUCCAGGCAGCGGACGGCCGGCUGUCUGUGAUCUGACCUGAGGAUGAGGCAGCAGGCGUGGGCCUCCUGGUCCCCCCGCUGCAGCUUUUUACUCACCAUCAUCAUCAUCAUCGCCGCUCAUACAUCAUCUGUUAAAGGCGACGGAGACCUGCGGCCGUGUAAUAAGUCAGAUUACUACUACCAGUACACAGAGUGUGACAGCACAGGUUCACGAUGGAGGGUCGCCAUCCCUCUUGCUCCAGGCUCCUGUUCAGACCUUCCCCCUCCAACCAGAGGCACAGACUGCUCCUUCUCGUGUCCGGCUGGGAAGUUUUUGGAGAUGUCCACACAGCAGUGCACGCCGUGUGCAGCUGGUUCCUAUUCUCUGGGCAGUGGCCUCCGUUUUGACCAAUGGGACGCCAUCCCUGCAGGGUUCACCAGCUUGGCCAGCUUCCUCGACACCGGGCCAAAUGGAGAGGACAUUCAGGCCUGUAAAAGCUCAUCGUGGACACCGCAGGGUGUGUAUCUGGAGUCAAACCGUGAUGAGUGCACAGUGUCCCUGGUUUACGCCGUACAUCUGGAAAAACAGGGAUCUGUUUCUUUCACUUACCAGUACCCCGACAACAACAUCUUCUUUGAGUUCUAUGUCCAGAAUGAGCAGUGCCAGGAAAUGGCUCAGACUGAUGAUCAGAAAUGGAUAAAAGUCACCAACAAUGGAGAAUGGUACACACACACGGUGAGCCUCAAGUCUGGUACAAACAUCCUGUACUGGAGAACCACCGGGAUACUGGUGGGAGGGAAAAUGGUCAAGCCUGUGCUGCUCAAGAACAUCCAAAUAGAAGGUGUCGCCUACACAUCCGAGUGUUUUCCGUGCCGACCCGGCUGGUUCAGCCCGACCCCCGGCUCCUCAUCCUGCCAGCCCUGCCCCAGCAACACUUACUCUGUGAAGGGGGCGUCCUCGUGUACACCGUGCCCUGAACACCACUACUCACAUGAGGGAUGGGCUGAAUGUAAGGUGAGGCCACCGUGCUCAGAGAAGGACUACUUCCAGAUCCACACAGCCUGCGACAGCGAGGGGAAGACACAGGUGCUGUAUCGUUGGGUGGAGCCGAAGAUCUGUGUGGAGAACGUCACGGGAGCCAUGGAGCUGCCUGCAACGGGCCAGAGACAGCCCUGCCCUCCCUGUAACCCCGGCUACUACAACAGCAACGACUCCACCUGUCUGCCCUGCCCACCUGGAACGCACUCUGACGGCACCUACGCGUGUGCGCAGUGCCCUGCAGGUACCGAGCCGGUGUUGGGUUACGAGUAUAAAUGGUGGAACGUGCUGCCUUCCAACAUGAAGACUUCCUGUUUCAACGUGGGCAACUCCAAAUGUGAUGACAUGAACGGAUGGGAGGUGGCAGGAGACCACAUUCGCAGUGGAGCAGGCAGUUCAGAUAAUGACUAUCUUAUUCUCAGCCUGCAUGUCCCCGGCUUCAAGGUCCCAGCCUCACUUUCAGGGAUGACCGGUAGCGAGUUUGGCCGGAUAACCUUUGUGUUCGAGACCAUCUGCUCGGCCGACUGCGAGCUCUACUUCAUGAUGGAUGUGAACAGGAAGAGCACCACAGUGGUGGAGUCCUGGGAGGGCAGUAAGGGGAAACAGUCAUACUCACACAGCAUGACCAGAAAUGCCUCGGUCACAUAUACGUGGGCCUUCCAGAGGACUAACCAUGCUCUGGAUGUCCGUCGUUUUAUUGCUGACACGGUAAAGAUCUACUCCAUCAGCGUGACCAACGUCAUCGACGGGGUGGCGUCAGCGUGCCGUGCCUGCGCUCUGGUGCCUCAGAACUCCCAGCGUGCCGGCUCCUCCUGCGUUCCUUGCCCGGCUGGUUUUUACAUCGACAGAGACACGAACCGAUGCCAGGAGUGUCCCCCCAACACGCACCUGGCUGGGCGACACACCUACGGCCAGGACGCAUGUGUCUCCUGUGGACCAGGAAGUAUCAGCAACAAGGAACAUUCCCACUGCUACAGCGACUGCUCCUUCACCCACACAGAAAACAACCGCACCCUGACCUUUGACCUCAGCCUGCUGAGCGAUGUGGCCUCGCUGACCAUCGGGCCGAGUUUCACCUCUAAAGGCACAAAGUACCUUCAUCUCUUCAACAUUAGCCUGUGUGGCCACGGGGGUAAGAGAGCUGCUAUCUGCACUGACAACGUCACCGACGUGUCCAGCAAAGACGACCAGAGCGACCCGGCUCAGUUUGUGAACUCGGUGGACAGCUACAUCUGUCAGUCGACCAUCAUCCCAGCCGAUGGGCGGGGCUUCAGGAUGGCCAUUUCCUCCCAGUCCAUCAGCCUCGCAGACACUUUUAUCGGAGCCACAGUAGACACCAUUCUCAAUGGUGUAAACGCCAAACCAGAUCUUUUCCCGGAAAAAGCAAAGGAUGUUCCUGACAUCAAUUUCUUCUACAGGUCAACACAGGUGACGGCAUCAUGUGAUCAGGGUCGGAGUUCAGUCGUCACUGUUCGCUGUGACCCAGAGAAGACUGAGAGAGGAGAGCUCUACGUGCCCAGCUCCUGUCCAGCAGGAACAUGUGAUGGAUGCACAUUUCACUUCCUGUGGGAGAGCGCCAAUGCCUGUCCACGCUGCACUGAUGAUGACUACCACCGGAUAGAGGGAGCAUGCAAGGGAGGCCUCCAGGAAACUCUGUAUGUGUGGAACGAGCCCAAGUUGUGCACCAAAGGUGUGUCGCUGCCUCCUCGGAGCUCCUCCCCCUGUGAGGCCAUCGCUUUGUGGCUUAAGGUCGGCGUUGGAGGCGGGGCCUUUGCGGCCGUGCUGCUCAUCUCCCUCACCUGCUACUUCUGGAAGAAAAACAAGAGGCUGGAGUACAAGUACUCUCGUCUGGUGAUGUCUGCCAACAAGGAGUGUGAGCUGCCAGCUGCAGACAGCUGUGGCCUGGCUGAAGGAGAGGAGCCCGAUGACGACGUGGUCUACGCCCAGAAACCGUCGCUGCUGGGGAAACUGCGCGCCAUCGCCAACAAGCAGGAGGAUGGAGAGAGCAGCGAGUCUGUGCAGCUGAACUCCUCGCAGUCUGAUCGAUGGGUCCUGGGAUAAACUGAUGCCAGCAGAGGAAGAGCGACGCCGGGCAACACAGGAACAGUCUGCCAGCGAUGGUCUCGCUUUCCACCUCCCUAUGUGUCUCUUAUAACUUCCUUCAUUGUGGGGGGAACCACUACAGAUCCCAGCCUGGGGACAGUCUGGACAAUGGCUUUAACUUUUCCACCCUGGAAGACACAGGAAGCUCCUGCUUUAUCACCAUGGAUGCUCAACAGCACUUAUUAAGAGAGGAAAACAUGCUUUUAAUGUUUUGGGUUUUUUUGUAUAUUUUGUAUUUUUAUUUGGUAUUUUUUGUUCAGAGUCACGUAUUUAUAUCAAUGUUAUGAUGUCAAACCUUUAUUAAAGUCCUGUUUGGCUUUGGGA